UCCUUCACUCUCCGGCAUCACGAGCCACCUGCCUCUCCGAGAAUAACUCACCAAGAAACCCUCAGGGCGAGCGCAACCACAGCGAGGGAGGGAGACAAGAGACACCGGCCGGUUCCUCGUGCCACCCGUUCGGUUUCCAGUAGCCCUCCACUCCCCAACUCCUAUAGCCUCCCCCCCCCCGGGUCCUGCGGGAGUUACAGGCUGCUCUCCCGAGCGCGCUUGGAGACCCGGGUUUGUUGUCGUUACCAGGAGAGGAGCGCACAGAGACCCGCGCCGGAGCCGACAGCGCACACGGACUGGCCUCUCAGAGGAGACACUUGCAUGGAUGCACCAUGGCCACGUUUGUCUGCAGGGUUCAGUUUUUAGAUGACACCGAUCCGUUCAACAGCACCAAUUUCCCGGAACCGACUAGACCGCCGCUGUACACCUUCAGGGAGGAUAUCCCACUCAUCAACCAGUUAGCAGGCAUCCACCGGCUGCUCAAGACUCCCCACAAGCUUGAUGACUGUACGCUGCAGCUCUCCCACAAUGGCACCUAUCUGGAUCUGGAGUCCUCUCUGGCCGAGCAAAAGGACGAGCUGGAGGGCUUUCAGCAGGAUGACACAGGGUCCAGAGGGAAGAAGCACAGCGUUAUUCUACGAACCCAGCUGACCGUCCGUGUGCACGCCUGCAUCGAAAGACUGUAUAAUUCCAAUGGACGUGACUUGAGGAGGGCACUGUUCUCUCUGAAGCAAAUAUUUCAGGAUGACAAAGAUCUGGUCCAUGAGUUUGUGAUGGCUGAAGGUCUGACGUGUCUCAUCAAGGUGGGAGCAGAAGCUGACCAGAACUACCAGAACUACAUACUAAGAGCUCUGGGGCAGAUCAUGCUGUACGUGGAUGGGAUGAACGGUGUCAUUGGGCAUGCUGAGACGAUCCAGUGGCUGUACACUCUUGUUGGCUCGAAGUUCCGUCUGGUGGUGAAAACAACCCUGAAGCUGUUGUUGGUGUUUGUGGAGUACUCCGAGUCCAACGCCCCGCUGCUGAUCGACGCCAUUGCCUCUGUGGACACCAAGAGAGGAUGCAAGCCGUGGUCCAACACUCUGGAGAUUUUGCAUGAGAAGGACGGCGUGGACACAGAGCUGCUGGUCUAUGCCAUGACCCUCAUCAAUAAGACACUUGCAGCUCUGCCGGAUCAGGACUCGUUUUACGACCUGGUCGAUGGUCUGGAGGAACAAGGCAUGGAGACGGUGUCCCAAAGACAUCUGGGGCGGAAAGGCACCGAUCUGGACUUAGUAGAGCAGCUCAACAACUACGAGAUGAGCCUCCGGCAUGAAGACGGUGACGAUGACAGCCAGCCGCCACCGACGGGCCGCCGGGACCGCCGCCGGGUCAGCCUCGGGGGCGGAGACAAAAAGUGCGGCCUCGAGAGAAGGCGGAGUCGCAGGGCCUCUCUCGGUCGACCCGGUCAGGCCUCGCCCCGCAGCCCUGCGUCCCCACAGAGAGCCGGCUUCCACCCGUUCAAGGGACAGAGGGCGGAGGACACGAGCGAGAGGGAGGAAGAAUGUGAGGAUGUGAUGAUGGAGGAGGAGGAGGAGGAGGAGGAAGAGGAGGAGACUCCAGUGACUGAGUCUGAUUCGGAUGAGCAGGAGGGGGCUGAUUCAGUGACUAAACUGACCACCCUCAGCCCGGCCAGGCACCUUCCAACCACAGGUCACCGAACAACCCUCCAGUCCAUCACCAUCACUUCCAGAAAGGAGAAUAUAAAAGAGGAGGAGCAGAGGAAUCAGACCGAACCACCUCCGGCACCCACCCUGCACUCGCCAUCCACUCCCACCUUCUCUCCCCCGGUCUCCCCCCCCCUCAGCCCCCCAGCACAACCCUCCUUUCUGGCCAGCCUGCUGGCGAGGAAGAGGUCCACCGUCACUGUCCCGGCGACCAAGGAGGUCAGUCCGCCGUCACGCGGCAGCUCCCAUCCCAGCCCGGAGCGCCUGCCUUACACGCCCCACUCGCCCUUCCACCUCUUCUCCUACGACCUCGAUGAGGAGCCGUCGCCCCCGGCUCCGCCCAAACCCAGCGAGGAGUCACCCAAAACGCCGUCUCCCAGGAAUGGAGGUCUCAUGUCCUACUCCUCCCUCACCUCCCCGACGACGCCCACCAGCUCCAGGCCUGCUCUGGGAGGACUUCUGUCCUCCUCCUACCGACAGCACCAGGAAUCUCUGACGGCCGAGCGAGGGCGCCGCCGCGUGGAGAGAGAGGAGAGACUGCAGCGGAUAGAGAGAGAGGAGAGGAACAAGCACAGCCGCGGCUAUGUGGAUAAGAUGGAAGAGGCCCGGCUUGCGCGGGAUGAGAGGUACAAGAACGUAGAGCGUCUGGCGGCGGAGGAGUACGAGAGGGAGCACGUGCGGGUGCCCAGGACUCGCCCUGACCUCAGCCUGACCUUUGAACCCGCGGAGGCCUGGCCCUCGUCGUCGCGCAGCAGCACCCCGUCCUCCUUCGCCUCCCAGGAGGACGCAGAGGCGGACCUCGAGGCCGAGGCCCCCGCCACACCCGCCACGCCCUCGGAGACAGCAGAGGCUGAAGACUCCAGUGCCAGUGUCGAGCCAGAGGAAAAAGAAGCCGCUGCUGAAGAGGAGGAGGAGGAGGAACAGAAAAAGGAGGAAGCCCAGGAGGAAGCAGCAGCAGAAAAGGAGGAGGAAAGCGAAGAGUUUGAGCAGGAACCGGAGAAGGAGAAAGAGGAGGCAGAGGAGGAUAGCGGCAUCCUGAGCGACAAAGAACGGCAGAAUGAGGAAGUGAAUGAGAAGGACAACUGCUCGGCCUCCAGCAUCUCCUCCGCCAGCAGCACUCUGGAGAGAGAGGAGAGGGGGGGCAAUGACAGUGGCUUCAAGGAGCCAGAGGUGAACGAGCAGUGCGGCAAGCUCCUCAACAGCAAGCUCUUCAUGCUGGACAUGCUGUACUCCCAGAACAAGAAGCCCAGCGAUGAGGAGGAGGAGAAGGAGGAAGAGGAUGCGGAGAAGGAGAAGGAGAAAGGAGAGGGGAAGGAGGACAAAGAAGCUCAGGAGGACGCUGAUGCGCAACAGGCCGAUGACGCGGAGGGCGACCACAAGGCGGACAAAUCAGACGUCCACAGGACCAUCCGGCCCUUCGCCGAGCGCUUUGGAGAGUUGAUCAAGGACCUCGGUUCGAGCGCCUCUCUCCCGGAUGUCCCGGCCAACGAGCCCCCUCCUCCUCCCCCGCCCGCCCCACCCAAAAAGGAAUCGGACACGAUCUGGGACCAGCUGCUGGCCAGCCCUCGAGAGCUGCGCAUCGGGGACAUCAACUUCACCGACCUGACGGAGGCAGACGACAAAGACAUUCUGGAUGCUGUUUUGAUGGGAGGAUGCAGUGACCACCCGCCCCGGCCGCCUCCUCCGCCCUGCCUUAUCCGCUUCCCUCCACCCCCACACAUGCUAGGCAGCUGCCCACCACCCCCUCCCUUGAUGGGGAUGAUGCCGCGCUCUUCCUUUAGCUCCUCGAUUCCAGUGCCUCCUCCUCCAGAGCCGCCGCUUUUCAAUAAGAAGAAGAAGACAAUCAGGCUGUUCUGGAGCGAGGUGCGUCCGACAGAUUCUCAGUACAGGGACGACAAGCGGCGGGGAGACACGUUCUGGUCCAAACUGGAAACGGUGAAAAUUGACACGGCCAAACUGGAACACCUGUUUGAGUCUAAAUCAAAGGAAACACCAGUGACAAAGAAAACAGCAGUGGACGGCAAGCGCCAGGAGGUCAUCGUCUUGGAUUCCAAGAGGAGUAACGCCAUCAACAUCGGUCUGACGGUGCUGCCUCCUCCUCGCACCAUCAAGACGGCCAUCCUGAACUUUGACGAGUACGCGCUCAACAAGGAGGGCAUCGAGAAAAUCCUGACGAUGAUUCCCACGGAGGAGGAGAAGCAGAAGAUCCAGGAGGCCCAGCUGGCCAGCCCAGAUGUCCCGCUGGGCUCGGCAGAGCAGUUCCUCCUCACGCUGUCCUCCAUCAGCGAGCUCUCUGCGAGACUCCAACUCUGGGCCUUCAAGAUGGACUACGAGACGACCCAGAAGGAAGUUGCAGAGCCGCUGCAGGAUCUGAAAGAGGGCAUGGAACAGCUGGAGAAGAACAAGACUCUCCGCUACAUCCUCUCCACACUGCUCUCCAUGGGAAACUUUCUCAAUGGCACCAAUGCUAAAGGCUUCGAGUUGGCUUAUCUGGAGAAGGUCCCAGAGGUGAAGGACACGGUCCAUAAGCAGUCUCUGCUGCAUCACGCCUGCUCCGUGGUGGUGGAGAACUUCCCUCAGAGCACCGACCUCUACUCCGAGAUCGGAGCCAUCACGAGAUCUGCAAAGGUGGACUUUGACCAGCUGCAGGAGAACCUGUGUCAGAUGGAGCGGCGCUGCAAAGCCUCAUGGGACCACCUGAAGGUGAUCGCCAAGCACGAGAUGAAGGCCCAGCUGAAGCAGAAGAUGUCCGACUUCCUCAAAGACUGCGCUGAGAGGAUUAUCAUCCUCAAGAUCGUUCACCGCAGGAUCAUAAACAGGUUCCAUUCCUUCCUGUUGUUCCUCGGUCAUCCGGCCUACAGCGUGAGAGACGUCAGCGUCCACAGGUUUAGUAAAAUCCUCAGCGAGUUUGCGCUGGAGUACCGAACCACCCGAGACCGCGUGCUGCAGCAGAAACAGAAACGAGCCGACCACCGCGAACGCAACAAGACCCGAGGGAAGAUGAUCAUAGAGGUCAACGCCCCUUCUGAUGAUGAAGAGGAGAGUGAGUGUGGUCGGACUGGCUCCGCCGGUGGUAACGGCGCCCCAGGCGGCGGCGGCGCCGCCCAGGAGGCGGAGCAUCCUCAGGGUUUGGGCCACAGAGAGGACGUCGCGGAGCACGAGCACAUGAAAGCCGUGCUGAAAACCAGCCUCAGCGGCGGUGACAAGGAGGCCAGCGGGGUGCCGGGGCUUCGGACACGGACAAGAUCCCGGCCUGGACGGGGAGGUCGCAGUGUGCCGGCGUGGACUCCACCCGCGGACGACUCUCAGAUCUGCGGGGAAGACUCUGCAGACGAGAUCAUGGAGCGUAUCGUGAGGUCGGCCACUCAGGGUCCAGGAACCAGAGCCCAGCCCAGAGAGCGGAGGAGGUCCAGGGCCAACCGCAAGUCCUUGAGGCGGACUCUGAAGAGCGGCCUGACCCCGGAGGAAGCUCUCGCUUUAGGACUUUCCGACUCUCCGGAUGCAGAGAUGUAGUCGUCAAAACCUGCCCGUCUGUCGUCGUUGUCGCCGUGGAAACACAGCCGAUCAUCGAAGCGACGUCUCCGUCUGCCUUUGCCACGCUUUGCAGAGUUGCAUUUCACCAGUCACAAACCCCUUUAGGUUUUUUUGCCAGCUGCUAAUUUUGCCUGAUGUGUCUGAGUCAUGAAGCUGCAGCCGCAACAUUUGUCUUUCUUUUUCAUGCCACAAAAAGAAAAUGUAUUCUCGAAGGAAAAGUGGAAGUGAAGAAAGAGAACUGAAGAACGAAAAGAAUGGAUACUUAAAUAAAAAAAGAGUCCAAACGUAUAUUUGAAAUGUUGCAUUUGUCCGGAAGCAUCAUUGUUGCUUGUGAGUUUCUGCAGCUGUGACUUUAUUUUUAUUUUUUCUUCAUUUAUUUAAGCUGUGAAUUUUGGAUGUAAAGAUUAUCGGGCUGAAGAAGUAGUUUGAUUUCUUCUCCUAUCAGAUGAUCCCAAGAGAUUGCCACAAACAAAGAGGCUCACGAGGAAUUGUCCCUUUUGGAAAAGGCAAAUGUUUGCUUCUGCAGAUGCACGUUUGACAGGUGACAGGUGUGGCUGUGUGUCGUGGGAACGUGAAAGGUGGUCAUGUGAUCUGAUGUGCCUUCCAUUUGAAAGGAACACUAUUGUUCCUUUUCUCCAUCGCUCUCUCUUGUUUCAGGCACCUCCUACUUCUCAGAUGACUCAUACAUGUCACGUUCACAGGUGUAUUUACACAUGGAGAAAGACUGUUGAAUUACAAUUCACUUUUUUAUUUUGGCAAAAUAUUUAUUUGCAAAGCUGGGACAUCUUGCACCUUACACACCACACAGCUGAAAUGAACAACUGAUUGAAAACACAGACAAAGGAACGUAUUUAUCUCAGAGGAACUGUUUGUAAAGUGUAAAAAGACAAAAAGAAAAAGACGUUUUUAAGAUUUUAAUAAUCUAUUUUGAAGGACAUGCGGAGAAUUCUGCAUACAAUGUGUAAAUGCCCUUAUCAGCUGCCAGGUACUAAGUACUGUAGUACUACAGUGUGCAUGUUGAGUGCGGUUCAUGUGAUGUAUUAUUUUUGUAAUUUCUGUAGAAACUUGUAUUAUAGUCUGAGAGAAAGGGUCAAAAAGGGGCUAAUCUGUGAAUUGUAAUAAAAGAUAAACGAAAGAUGUGGUCAUAGCUGAAAGGUUGUGUUCAAAGCAUUGCUCGGUGCUGAGCGGGGGGAGCAGUAUUUGGGCAUUUACUUUGAACUCUGUGGUCACAUUGUACUUUGUAUGAACUUGAAAAGUUUGCGGACAAUGUAAGUCUCCGCUCAAACCGUCGCUCCUCUCACAGACGGGGACAUAUUGCUGCAUGAAUAUGAUAUGGUGAGCUGAACAUUAAACCACGCGGUUACAUACACUUUCACUUGAAAUGCUGUGUAGACACACUGCAAUAAUAAAAACCAAAAGAUUUAGUGACAAAAAAUAAAAAAGCAUGUGCAUGUCAUUCUUCUUCACUUCCUGGACACACAGCAGAACACGCCCCCGCGGACCAUUGGAUUAAAGAGUAAACGGCACAACUGCUUCUCACUUGUAAACGUGGGCGGUCCACUGGUGAGUCCUUUCCUUCGGUCUGGACCCACCAUGGCUGAGUCGAUGAGUCUGCGUUGGGGGACUGGAUCUCCUCCCUGCUGGGCGGGUGAUGACCACUCUGCUGGGAGGCAAACACAAGCUGCUGUCUUUUAAGAUAGGAGAGCACAAAACCCAGGACGUCAGAGGACAGCUGGGUUUCCUCUCGCAUGAGGAUAAUCAAACACAACCUUGAAGAUGCAGCCGUAUUUAAAGUUAUUAAGUCAGUCAUAUGUCUGCGUAAUAUUAUGUUAUUAUAUAGGUUUGCUGACCAUGCUCUACAUGUAAAGAUAAACUCGGACACACAAACCACAAUGCACCAUGACCGACUUUCAACCUUCUCAUGCCAAAAUAAUGUGUUUUCUUUCUGCUUUCAAACAUGGAGACAACAUACUGAAUGAGUCCAGUGUGACAUGUUUAUAAGUGUAGGUAAAGUGUAAAAAGUAAUAUAGCCUAUGUAGAAAAUGAUAGUGAAACAGAGGCUUGUUGUUCAAGUUUAGUUUUUUGUCGUGAUGGAAUCAGUUCAAGUGUCGGGGCAACAAGCUGGUCCCUGACAGUCCUGCGGGCACUGAUGUACCAACGCAUGAUGAAGAGUCUCUCCCUCACUGAUAAACACUCCCCCUCCCACCACCAAUACCGACAGAGGGAAGGGGAUGCGAUGCACAGAUGCACUGAACACAGUCUCACAUCAUAGUAACAAUCAUAAUGGACAAUCUGUCUUAGAUUCAGUCAUCUACUAUGAAUGGGUUUUCAGUGAAAUCCUAAACUGGGGUCUUCUCUUUAGGCUCCCUGUUUGAUGUCACCUCAAACUGGCUACAUAUGACAAAUAUGAGCAGCGCAAAAGCCAGUUGGCCUCCAUACUGGCUGCCCAGUCUAGAUGGGUUUGACAUCCUCGAGGAUCUCUAAAACACCCAAAUGACAUCUUCACCAUGUCAUUACUGUAAGUGAGUUCAACAUAAUAAUAAUAAUAAUAAAUAUUAUUUUGGAAAAAAC